AUGUCCCUUCCCAAGACUACCCCUGCCUGGAUCAUUGAAUCCACUAAAGCCGACACACCAGGGUGGGGAAAUCUCAAAUAUGUCGAGGACUACCCUGUCCAAGAACUGGGCGAGAACGAUUGCUUGGUCCAGAUUCAAGCAGUUUCUCUAAACUAUCGAGACCUGAUCAUCCCAAAGGGCCUCUAUCCAUUGCCGCUCAACAUCCCUUGUGUUGCGGCCUCGGAUGGUGCAGGCAAAAUCCUAGCUGUGGGCUCCAAAGUCACGCAGUUCGGAGAAGGUGACAAGGUGGUCACCCAGUUCACCCAAGCGCACCAAUAUGGACCUGUUACGGCGGACAUGAUGAGCACGACCUUGGGCGGCACUGCCCAUGGGUGUCUACGCAAGUAUGCCGUCUUCCCAGCUUCGGGUCUCGUGCAUGCACCGUCCAAUCUUACUCCAACUGAGGCGGGGACCUUGACUUGUGCGCCCCUCACGUCGUGGAAUGCCCUUUUUGGCCUUCAGUCUCGAGCCUUGAAACCUGGAGACGUGGUUCUCACUCAGGGAACAGGCGGUGUGUCGCUUUCGGCCCUUCAGUUCGCCAAAGCUUCUGGGGCGACGGUCAUUGCGACAACCUCGUCAGAGGAGAAGGCCAAGCGUUUGGAAAAGCUGGGAGCCGACAUUGUCAUCAACUACAAGACGGACCCGAACUGGGGGGAGACGGCGAAGAGCCUUUCCCCCGGUAAAGUGGGUGUGGACCAUGUUAUUGAGGUUGGUGGGCCUGGCUCGAUGGCUCAGUCCCUCAAAGCUAUCAAACCCGAAGGCGUGAUUUCGGUGAUCGGAUUCCUGGGUGGCCCUAAGGCGGAGGACGUGCCCAGCACGCUGGCGGCCCUGUCUGCAGGCUGCAUCAUCCGGGGCAUCUUGAUAGGAUCCAAGGCGCAACUGAUCGAGAUGAACCGAUGCAUUGACGCGAACAACAUUCACCCGGUGGUGGACGAGAAGACGUUUAGCUUCAAGGAUGCGCACGAGGCUUACGAAUACCAGUGGCAGCAGAAGAACUUUGGCAAGGUUGUGAUUCAGCUCUGA